AUUAUUUUAAUUUUUGCUUUAAAACAUAUUUCCAGAAUUUUCCAAAACAGAUUACUGUUGUAUGGGGGAGUGGACAGACAGACAUCUUAAAACCAGUGGAGUGAAAUGAUAGGAUUUCUUCAUGGGGGGGGGUCCUGUUUUACCCAAGUCAGUUCCUAAAACUGGGCAGGAAACACAGGCCAUGGAUCCUCCACCCAGCCUCACAUCCAGCCAGCGCCCACCCAGAACACGGGCACCGAUUUGACUGGCAUGUAGUCCGGUUGGAUGCCUUCUUUCCAGUUCCCCAAGUGGUUGUCAGCAGGGUGAGAAGCGAGACUCAAAUCAAGCCUGCACCCCAACUCACCUCCACGAGGAUGAGACACCCCCUCACAGAGCUUCUGACGGUUUAUAUUAUCUGUGCUGCAAUAAAGCCUUUGAUGUCAGGGCUCUGGUUCGGGUUUCCACGGCGACCUGGGAAAGACCUCACACCAGAGGUCCACUGAGGGUCUGUGAGUGGCACCUGACUGUGACCUGAGACUUCCUGUCUGGGUGAGGGCACAAAGACCAGGAGCUUCUGAACACCAAGGGCUGAGGGAAGGGCUGGAUACUCAUUGGUGUGACCUUCCAGGGCGGAAGAAAUGGCUAUCUCCAGGCUGUGGCGGAGCAACUGCCUGCCCUUCGUAGGCAUCAUGAUCCUCGUGGCUGUGACUCUGAUGUUCUAUGCGCUCCUCUGGAAGGCUGGCAACCUCGCCGACCUGCCUAACCUGAGAAUCGGCUUCUACAACUUCUGUCUGUGGAAGGAGGACACUGGCUCCCUACAGUGCUACAACUUUCCUGAGCUGGAAGCGCUGGGGGUUCCUCAGAUUGGCCUAGCCCUGGCCAGGCUGGGUGUGUACGGAGCCCUGGUCCUCAUGAUCUUUGUCCCUCUGCCUCUCCUCCUUGCCCAGUGCAACGGCAAUGAGGGAGAGCAGCAGCUGGCAGCGGGCUUCCUGGUGGCAUCCUCCGUCCUGCUGGCCAGUGGACUGAGCCUCUUCCUCUCCUACGUGUGGAAGUGGGUCAGGCUCGCCUUGCUGGAGCCCAGCUUUCUAGCUCUGUGCUUAGCCCACGCCUUGCUCAUCUUCCUGCUUAUGGCUACCAUUAUGUUCCCUCCGCAGGAAAAGAAGGACAAGAGCAAGCGGGAGAGCUGUUAGUCCAGCCUAAAGGCUUAUGGGAUUGCAAGGGUUCAAUUCCGACUACGCACCCAGGAGGUGCCAGAGAACCUGUGACUGGGUGGGUCUUCUCAACCACCUUGUUUCAUAGCUAAUGCUGAUCUCAAGCUCGGGCAGAUGGAACCACCCACUGAACGGUAGGGCUGCAGUGUCAGGGAGCCCGGAGGCAGCACGGAUGGCCGGCGUACUUGCUGCCUCUUAGUGUCCUUCCUUUCUCUGGAGGACUCGGAAACCACGCAGCUCAUCAGCACAAGGAUCCAUGCUUUUGUCAGACAAUCUGAACAGCUCAGGCAGGUAGGAGCCUGAUUGUCAGAGGCCAGAUUUCCAAGCUGGCUGGCAAAAGUGCCCAACAAGAACUCGGUGAAGGUUUACGGCGACAAACGGGAUGGCCGGAAGAAACCGCUUUAACGUCAAGCCCUGCUGGCCAGCUUCUGUUCCUCUAGUGUGAUGCCCCACACCAGAACUCCAGCCCCUGAGGUCCAGGAACAACCUCAAAGGGACUCCGCUAGGAAACACAGGGCACAAGAGAAUCCUUGCUAACUUCGUGGGGUCCCCUGAACAGGCCCCUGGACCUGACGCCAGAGAGGAGCCAGCUGUCAAACCACGGUUGUGACCCAGGAAAGGAAAUGCAAGAUGUGCCAUAGCCUGGACUGAAUAACUGCACACCAACACACACCGCACCCCCAAAAGGCAGAAGUGCGGUCCUUAUUACACCCAGGCGCAUCAUUAUAUAGUUUUCAAUGUUUGUACAGCACAAAACCUAUGAGUUCUUCAUUCUGUGCUCAUCAGAGCCACCGUGAAUACAAAGAAACGUGGA